AUAGUCCAGUCAUGCUACGUACGUAUGCACGUAUGUACAAGUAGUUUCUUCUUCCAUUUUCCCGCAUUUAAAUUGAAAAUAAUGUUGACAAAUUUACGUAAACUUAAUUUAAUUUAAAAAAAAAAAAAACAUUUUUUAAAGUAGUCUAUUUUUGUUCAUACAUCUAAAACGAGAGUCGUGAAAAUGAAUAGAUUAAUCGAACUUGUAAAUAUACGAGUAGUUUUCUUCACUGCAAGUCUUCAUUUGCUUUCAACCGAUGCUUUGGAAUUAUAAAUUGAUGGAAGAGAUAUUGGUGACUGCAAUAAAUUCGAAUUGCAAUGCGGAAAUGGUCAAUGUAUUCCUAAUUCUUUUCUUUGUGACGGAAUAUUGGAUUGUAAAGAUGAUUCGGACGAGACUCGCGAGCAGUGUUUGAAUAAAAAAUGUAAUGAACAGUUUUUUCAAUGCGACUAUGGGGCUUGUAUUCGUAAAGAAUAUCUAUGUGAUGGGUUUAAACAAUGCCACGACUGAUCUGAUGAAAAUGCGAAAAUGUGCAGCGCUGCUUUAAAUGGGACCAAGACGAAUCUUGCUUUGGAUGGGACAAAGACGAAACGAGCCGCUAAUGGCUCUUGUGCUGCACUUCCAGUCACAGCUGAUAAAACAGUCACCUACUCCUGCGGCAUCGGCAAUGGCACAAAUAACAAUUAUUCCAAUUCAUGUAACUCGACGAGUUUUGCUUCGACAGUAUGCAACCCAGGUUACUUGGAACCAGCAUAUGCUAAAUUGGAGUCCCAUUGCUACUAUGGAACAUGGGAGCCCAAUAUUCCUACAUGCUUAAGAAUGUGUGAAAAACUAAAUCCUAUAAAUGUCAAUCUCCAGUGUUACUACUACGCCAAAAACAUUCCGUGUGAUACGAAUAGAGCACGGUCAGCUGGUACCAUAAUUCGACCAACUUGCAUACCAUUGAAUACGUACAGAGAUUUUGUUCCUACUUAUCAGGAGAUCAUCUGCCAGGAUGAUGGAAAAUGGGAUAAUGAUCUUUUUUCAUGCGUUCCUGAAUGUGGACGGCCAUAUAUCAAUCAUACUGCCUCGAUUAGUGGGGGAGUUGCAGAACAAUUUGGCGAUUCUCCUUGGCACGUUGCAGUUUAUAAUGAAAAAAAAAUUCUUAUUUGUGGAGGAACAAUUAUACAUCCAUACAUGAUUAUAUCAGCUGCACAUUGCUUCUACGACCGAAUCAAUAAUAUAAAAUUAAAUUCCUCAAAUUAUGAAAUAGUUGUCAGCAAAUUUACUAGAGAGUAUUCUGUAAUUGAUAAUCACAAUCAAAAAGCUUUCAAAAUAAGAGAAAUACGAUUUUCCAGGGAAGGUUUUUUUGGUCCCGUCGACUAUUUUGCAAAAGAUAUUGUAAUCCUGAUUCUUCAAAAAGAACUCACCAUAAGCCCAACAGUAUUGCCAGCUUGUGUCAAUUGGGAAGGCUUAAGUGCAAAAAUAUACCCACCUGAAAAUACACCAGCCAAAGUCGCAGGAUGGGGACGGGAUGAGCAUGGACAGUAUAAUGAAAAACUAAAAACUGUCAACUUACCGUACAUCAGUCGAGAACGAUGUUUGAAAUGGAUUGAUAUAGAUUUCAAAAAGUUUGUAACAUUUGACAGAUUCUGUGCUGGUCCAGAAAAUGGUUCUAGCAUAGGUCCAGGAGACAGCGGAGGAGGUUUACUAAUUCGAGAAAAUAAUUUGUACUAUAUGCGUGGUGUUGUCAGCCUACACAGAGGGUCUGCAGUGGUACCCAUGACUGACUUGGCAGAACAUGUAGAUUGGAUUUUAACCGUUCAAGAUGAUGUUGAUCGUAGAAUUAUAGGCCUAAAAAGUAACUCGACCCUGCCAAUACAGCGGCCUGCAGUAGUCAACAAGAUGUGUGCUGUACCUGUCUCUACUCCAGAUAAAACAAUCAACUAUCAAUGCAAUGGAAAACAAUCAUCAUCAUGCAUUGUGAAUGGAUUUGUUCAAGAAUCAACUGUUGCUUCGGUUGUAUGCAAUCCAGGCUAUUCCACCACUGAUGAAACAUUCUUAGAAUCCGGUUGUGUGGACAAAAAAUGGAUACCACCAAUUACUACAUGCAUAAGAAAAUGUGAAAAGCUGACUCCAAUCAAUGUUGAUUUAGUAUGCUUUCGUAAGAAUACACAAAUCCCUUGUGAUCUAAAUUCACUACUUGCUGGUACAGUGAUUCGCCCAACAUGCAAGUUUUUGCAUACCUAUAGCAGUUUUAAGCCGGAUUAUAUAGAAAUAAGUUGCAAAAGCGAUGGAAAUUGGGAUAAACCACUUUUUUCGUGCGCUCCUCAAUGUGGACUACCAUAUUCUGAAGCGUCUGCAUUGAUCACGGGAGGACGAUUGGAACGUUUCGGAGAUUCACCCUGGCACGUGGCGAUUUAUAAUCAAGAUAAGUUGUUGAUUUGUGGAGGCACUAUUAUUGAUCCUCAAUUAAUUUUAUCAGCCGCUCACUGUUUUAGUGAAAGUGCUUUGAGUAAAGUGGAUGCUACCAAAUAUGAGAUAGCAGUGAGCAAAGUAAGCAGAAAUUAUACGAUAAAAGAUAAUCAAAACCAGAAGAUUCAUAAGAUCAAGGAGAUACGUUUCUCCAAUGAAAAAGGUUACACCGGUAUAAACAAUUAUUAUGGAGCUGAUAUAGCGAUUCUCAUUCUUCAACAGCCAGUCAUCAUCAGUCCUACAGUUUUACCUGUUUGUAUUGAUUGGGCAAAUUUAAAUAAAAGAAUUGCUCCUUUGGAAGACACACCGGGCAAAGUUGUAGGAUGGGGGCUCAAUGAACAUGGCGACUACAGUGACAAUCUAUUGACUGUUAAUCUACCAUACAUAAGUAACAGACGUUGCCAAAACACAGUUCCUGAUGAUUUUAAACCAUUCAUUACUCUGGAUAAAUUUUGUGCUGGUACUCACACUGGUCCCAGCGUUCUCAAAGGAGAUAGCGGUGGCGGUUAUUUAUUCCGGGAGAAUGGAUUAUAUUACAUCAGAGGGAUCGUAAGCGUGAAACAACCGUCACAAACUGCCAUUGCAGCAUUCACAGACUUAGCUGAUCAUAUUCAGUGGAUUCUACGAGUAGUAAAUGAAGUGAAACUGAACCUUAUUAAUAAAGAAACAACCCUGCAAACAAGAACAAACCAAACAGGCAGUGGAACACCCAAAACAAAAAAAUCAGAAACUAUUGCCCUUGCAAAUUGUGAAAAAUACUCAAAAUAUGCAACAGAUUGCGUCCAUGGGGUGACAUCAAAUAAAGGGGCAACAAACGCGUUACCAAAAGAAUUUCCGCACAAUGCGUACAUUGGAAUUGACGUUGGUGGAAAAGUGGAGUGGACAUACAGUGGCGUUUUGAUCAGCGAAAAAUUCGUUCUGAGUGUGGCUCAUUUAGCAAACACCUCGUACGGUGAAUCAAAGUGGGUAUUAUUGGGCGAACUGGACAUAUCGUCGAAAAAUGACGACGCCAAACCAACAGUUUUCAGUAUAGUAAAACAAUACCUUCAUCCGGACUUCAAACCAAAUUCGGUCCACAAUGACAUAGCACUUUUUCAGUUGAAUGCUUCUGUCGAUGUCGUAAUAAGCCCAUAUGUAAGACCAGCUUGUUUGUACACUUCCAAUUUUAACCCAGUAAAUAAGGAGGGCAAAGUUGUAGCUUUUGGGGUGCCAGUUCAAGGUGAACGAAAUAGUGAUCAAUUACUAAGAACAACGGUUGCAAUACUGAAUGAUAAACGCUGUCGAUCACAUUACAAACCCAGACCAAAUACUCAUAUAGAACGUGGAUAUGACCCAAAUACCAUGAUAUGCGUUGGGAAUUCAUCCCUGCAAGAUAAUCUAUGUGUGGGUAUCCCAGGAAGUCCAUUGCAGUUUCCUAUGAUAGAUCAGCCAUGUGUGGCAACAGUAUAUGGAAUCUCAGCUAUUAGCGAUCAAUUUUGCGAUGGUCCCGAUAUUUAUAUAAAAGUGCCGUAUUAUUUAGACUGGAUUCAGAGUAUUGUUUGGCCUUGAAAUAGGCUCUGGGAUCAUAAUGAAUAAUAAUAAUGAAUAUUAUACUCUGAAAAUGUGAUACAUGGGGCAAGGCUUACACAUAAAUAAUGAAAAGAGCAGAAAAAUAUUGUUUCAAACAUCUUGAAAUAAAAAACAUUAAAAUAUCAGACAUCUUU